UAAUAAAGCAAAGCAGGGCUAACCAAACGCCCCCUAUCUCGACCACAGCGCCACCAGGGCCACGCUAAACCUCCAUCCUCUCAAGAAAUUACUGAAUACUCGAACAGAAAGGAGGAAAAACCCACGGUUUUGGUUUGUUUCUCUGCCUUCUCAGAUCAGAAUCUCACUUUAGAAAGUUCUGGAAAUCAUGGGCAUAGCCACAUCCACAGCCAGUGAUUCUGUCAGAAGGUUCGGUUUCGCUUGACAUGGAGGCACGGAGGCUCGCCAUUCUCUCUUCCCAUAUCUGCCCUCUCGGUUCCAGUCAGCCUCGGGGUCGGACUCGCAUCCCACUUUUUUCAACCCUCUCCUUUUCCGAUUGCGCUUCUGAUUCGGAUGAGACUAAGCGGUUGCGUGAUUCACAGAAGAAGGUUCAGCAAAACGACUGCGUUUUCUGCAAGAUUGUGUGCGGUAAAUCACCAGCUCUCAAGCUCUAUGAAGAUCAUGCAUCCAAGGUUCAAUUUAUCAGUCUAUUGCUAGGUGUGUUUCAUUUUACUUUGGGGUUCACUGUGGUUUAAUGUUCACCUCUUAAU